GUGUAUUUUUGACCGCAAGUUCUCUCACCUGGAGGAUUUAACACUGGCGCAGCUGGAGGUGAAAACUAGACAGGAGGUGCAGUCUAUCCUGCAGAGCUACCUGGGGCAUUUCUCCGAGCUGGCCGGCGGCAUGGUCAACUGUGGCUCUGUUCUCAGCUGGAUGGAGAUGGACAACCGGGGCCAUCGUCUGGUGGCCACAGACGACUCAGGCAUCAACACCCCGGCCAUCGCCGCCGCUCACGUGGUCAAACGGUACAACGCACAGGCAGCCGAUGAGAUCUCUCUGCAGGUGGGAGAUAUGAUCUCCGUCAUCGACAUGCCACCUGCCGAAGACACCAUCUGGUGGAGAGGAAAACGUGGUUUUGAGGUUGGCUUCUUCCCCAGCGAGUGCGUGGAGGUGAUCGGGGACAAGGUGCCGUCUGCCGUCGUCUCUCGCAUCCCGGAGCCCGUGGCCUCAGCAGCCGCCGCCAGAAAACCCUUGAUGAGGAAGCACGGGAAACUUCUGUCGUUCCUUCGUACCUUCUUUUCCCACCGGCCGCCCAGGAAUCAGCUCAAGCAGUCCGGCAUUGUGAAGGAACGCGUUUUUGGCUGUGAUCUCGGGGAACAUUUACUCAACUCCGGGCAUGAUGUGCCCUUGUUGCUAAAGAGCUGUACAGACAUCAUAGAGGAGUACGGAAUUGUCCAUGGCAUCUAUCGUCUCUCAGGCAUAACCUCCAACAUACAGAAGCUCAGACUGGCGUUUGACGAGGACCGAGUGCCGGACCUGACAGAAGAGUGUUACCUCCAGGACAUCCACAGCAUCAGCUCACUGCUCAAGAUGUACUUCCGAGAGCUGCCCAACCCACUGCUCACCUACCAGCUCUACGACAAGUUUGCUGAUGCUGUGCGUGAUGAGGACAACAAGCUACUCCGUAUCCACGACGUGGUGCAGCAGUUACCUCCCCCUCACUACAGGACGCUGGAGUACCUGAUGAGGCACCUGGCCCGUGUGGCUGCGCUGGGACAUGAGACAGAGAUGCAUUCCAAGAACUUGGCCAUCGUGUGGGCCCCUAACCUUCUCAGAUCCAAGGAGCUGGAGGCAGGGGGCGGGGCGGCGGCCCUCCAGGGCGUGGGUAUCCAGGCUGUGGUCACCGAGUGCCUCAUCUGUUACUCCGACAUCAUCUUCAGCGACAAGAUGCCCAGCUACGGCUCGCAGGACAACGGCAACCAGAAAAAGCCGCGGCCCAAGUCUCUGGCCAUCUCCACACCCACCCGUCUGCUGUCGCUGGAGGAGGCCCGGGAGCGGGCUUUCAUGACGCACCUGGCACCCAGCCAGAAGUUUAUCGACGUCGGGGGCGGACCCAAGAACCUUCCAUCCAAGUACCACACGGUCAUAGAUCUACCGGGAUACAAGAAAAAGGUCCCGAGCUCCUCAAAAGAAAACAAGCCAGCCUCGGGGAAAAAGUCGUCGCAGACGACCAACGGGACAGGCAACGUGGGAGGAGGGGGCUGGAAGUCCAUCUUCUCCAAACCGCGGUCCGGCAGCGUAAAGAAAUCUCGGAAAGGAAGUGGUCAAGAGCCCGUGGCCUUGGGCCCGGCGCAGGCUAAGGCUCUGACGGAGGAAGACGUGCACAAUUGGAAGCGACAUCUACGCAGCGCAAAGAGCGCCGAGUCGCUGUUCUCUCUCAGCAACAGCCCCUCGGCACGCAGCAGCAUCAGCAGUCGCACCUCGCGCAGCAACGUGGACAACAGCACUGUCGGAGGGAAGCUUUCAGGCAAGCAGGACUCUACCGGGGCUGCGGAAAGCAAAGCUCUGCGCAGCCUGGCUCACCUGUCCCACAAACGCUCCCUGUCCUCGGACGCCUCCUCCGUACUGCAUAACCGUUACCGUGGCGACGGGACUCAGGUGGAGGUCCACCAUCACGUGCCCAUAGACGUGGAUGAUGACGAAGACUUGUCCGGCAAGCAGAGUUUCAUCCGAGGUGACUCUUCCCGUAAAGCCAUGCACCACCGACGCGCUCCGUCCGCCCCCAAUACGCCCGGUCAGGAUCGGCGGCACGGCGGCAUGGAGCGCAGCUCGAGCCUCAAUCGCGGCGAGACCUCGGGCAGCGACGACAUGGACCUGGGUCUCGACGAUUUCGUGUACCCCAAGUCGGAGUCGAGGGGAGAUGUGAACAUCGACGCGGCCAUCAAGUCUCGACUCCUGCAGGUGGCGGAGAAGAACCGGUCGGCCAAGUCGAAUGAAGAGCUGACCUUGACCUCGUCGCCGUUGAAACGCAGCGCUAAGACGCCGCCCAAGGGAAGGAAGAAGCCGAAAGGUUCGGGACAUUCGCAUGUUGGGUCCAGCGAGGACGAGCUGUCGUCCCCGACGAACACCUCACAGCUCUGUCCCCAGAAGGUGAUCCGCUCGUCCAGCGAUAUCUCGGGCAGUGUCGGAGCGGACAUAAGCCCAUACGACAACGACGACCGGGAGAGCCGCAUGCGCCGGUUCUACUCCCGUUUCCACGACUACGCCGAGAUCCUGUCGGACGACGAGGCGAUCGCGGCCACGCCCAGCAGCCAGGGCACCAUGUCCGUGUCCAGCUCGGGCUGUAACAUGCAAGACGUCCUUGACCAGAUCGACAGCCGGCUGGCCAUGACGGCCAAACUGUUCCCCCGGCAAGGCAUCGGCGACACCUCGGGGUACCGGGUCGGCGACCCGCCUAUCACGCGAGAGACUGUGUUCAGCCGUAGUGUGGAGACCACCGUGACCUCCGCGACCUCUGCUGCCUCCAAAGAGACAGAGUUUUCCGUCAUGGCCCCUUCGGCGGCGGCUGCGACUUCCUCCGGUUUAUUGGCGGGUUCUAGCCGAGAGACUGAGUUCCCCGCCACGUGCAAUACCUCCCCCAGGGAGUUGUCUAGUCAUCAAACCAACACCCACGAGCAUCUUGGCCUUGACCCUGACGCUGACACACACAGGUCACUGGAAGGUCAGAGCUCGUCAAAGUUGUCUCCCAACCAGGGGGGCACAGAAGUUUCCAGAAGAAGAGUGGAGAUUUCCAGAGCGGAUAGUUCCGGCAGACAGGGGUCUUCGAACUCGAGCCCUCAGCACGCUGCUAGCGUGACGGACGGACAGACCAGCAGCACGUCAGCUCCUUGCUCCACCAGGGUUGUGAGGAGGCAGGCAGAGUUUAUCCCUAGUUCGGGGGCCGCUGGUUCGAACCUCGAGGACCUCAACACUUUGUUGGACAAUCUGGAGAACAAUGGAUCUCCACACAGAAGGACUAUGGACCCCUCGUACCCCACGUCCUCAAACUCCGUACGGUCACCUGAACACCGAAGACAGAACGCGUCAACUUCCUCUUCUUCUUCAUCAAAGCCACAGGACGAUGAUGUGUCUUCUUCCCAACCUUUUGGUUCAAGGACAUCCCCUGUUUUCCUCCCUCCCGGCACUCACGACGGGAUGAUGGUUGCGACGGCUACUUCCCCAGGUUUGGCGGGCAUGAGCAAGUGUCUGAGCGUGCCCAGCGACAUCGCCCGCUCACUUGAGAAUGUGACGGCCAGCCAGACAGACAUGAUGUCCUCUGUGACCAUCAGCGAGCUGUCCAUGUCUGUCAACUCUUUCAACAACGGGAUGGGUGUGGACGACCACCGUGGUGGGCCCCACUCGCGGGCUGCGGGCUACGGCGCGAUGUAUGACAACAGCGAUCUACGACGUCGCCGUAGUACCAGCCUAGACAGCCUCGGCGACGGGGACCGGCUGAUGACGCGGACGUUGAGAGAAAUUAACCGACAGAUGGACGCGGCUUUCAAGACCGAUGCGCCUGGCGACGGUAGCCAGGAUCUUGCCGCUGCUUACAACGCCCGGGAUGCCGUUCGACAUCAGCGCCUUAUUUCCUCCGACCUUGACCUUAGCUCGAGUCCAGAGACAAAGAUGGCUGGAAAGGGAUUCCACGAUCCUUCUUCAUCCGGCUUCUGGGGUGGUCCGGGCGCUGGAUCCGAACUCCAUGGCCCCCGUGAGCCAAGGCAGGAGGGAGAGGCUUGGGCCAGUUCAGACAGCAUCGUUCAGCUGGAAGCGUCGGAUCAGAGCAUCACCCCCACGCAGAGCUCUGCCGACAGAUUCUCUCUAGUCUCCCACCUCCCCCCUCACCACUCCCUCCAACCACCACCUGCAGCUGUGGACCCGUCUUCCUUCUUGUCUGUCCGCUCUGGGGUUCCAAAGUCGAUGUCAUCUGAUGAUUCGUCUCUUCGCAGUUCUUCUCUCGUUCCAGGGAGCUCAGACGGCGGGUUAGUUCGGGUUCUGAGCGAUACCCUCUCAUGUCCCAGCGACAUCUCGCCCACUCUGACAAACGUAACACCAGAGUUCAGCCCGGACGCCAUCUACCGACAACAACAUCAGCAGCAGCAACAGCAAGCAUCUUUAUCAUCAUCAUCGUCCUCGUCUUUGUCACAACCUUCGCAUGUACAUCAGGGAAAGCAGUUUACCUUCUCCACUUCCUCUUCCUUGUCCAAUGAGAGUGAUCCUUUUUCGCCACGCCCCUCUGAUGUCACCAGACGUCGCUCCGACUUGCAUGACCCCCGAGGAGCUGCGGCAGAUGAAGAGACGUACAGACAUGAGGACGGACACAUCGUCGCUGCCCCGGGGACACGUUCAGGCCAGCAGCCGUGCGGGCACAAAGACAUCAAGUCUCCCAUCUCAAAGACCUACGUCAGUGACACGGUUUUCGGCCACCGUCCGUCUUCCCAGGGUCAGCAGUCUUCCUCCGUAGGCCGUAGUGACGUUGCGUAUGUCUACAAAAAACGCUCCUCCUCGUCUUCUUCCACUUCAUCCGUCUCUUCCAAAAGUUCGGAAGAGUUUGAUGAGGUCGCUUCUCCUGAAGAGGAAGAGGGAGAUGAAAGACAAGUUAGACCGCCGGUCAGUUCCAACGUGGUGGUGCCAGUCAGUAUGGCUGACUCGGGACCAGGAGGCGAGGGAAAUGUCAAGGACAAUAGGCGAGGCUUGUCUUUGCCCUUAGGAGGAAGCUCGCAGAACGAGAGGCUAGUUGGUAAUGAGAUGCAGAGACAAGUAGGGAGAGGUAGAGGACACCCGCCAGCCCCUCUGGGAAAUCUCCACGUGGAUUUGUCGGGUAUAGAGGCAUCCUCCUCCUAUUCCCCGCCUUCCUCUCACUCGCCAGUGGUCAGACGUCAACAUUCUCCGCGCGUGUCACCUCGCGGGAUGGCUGGGGCCCGGGCAGAGCCAGGGCUUGCUGACAGUGGAGCUCACGAAGGCUCCGGACGACAACAACAACAACAACAGCAACACCACUUUCAGCAACAACACGAACUUCUCCACCUCCCAUCCAGCCCGCUGUUCAGCGGGGGACCUGCGGGUCAGAUGCUGGCCGAUGCGGAGACCUCGGAGCGUAUGUCCAGCCUGUGUGCCGUGGGCCUGAUGAGCCAGAGAGCCAGACUGAGCCGCGAGUCCUCCUGCAGCAGCCUACAGUCCCCCGACUCCCUCACGGCCAGCUGUCUUAUGGGGGCCGCCGCCGCCGCCAACACCCGGAGCCCUCUGGCCACCCCUGUCAAAGAAGCCUUGCCGGACAUCAUCCAAUCCACUACGCAGCCAGACGAGGGAGGAGGGGGGGUAGCGGGUUCGGAUCCGGGCGAUCAGACGGGCAGGAGCAACGUCCCCUUACAGCUGGCCCUCUACCACCCUGACGAGUUCUCAAUGGACAUUUCGGCGGCCGUCUCCGGCCCUCCCCCUGCCCCAAUCAGACAACCAAGUCUCCACCCGUCGCCCUCACUUCCUCAGGUACACACUUCUUCCGACACAGUCAUGGAGAGGAAGCCUACGCUAAGAAAAUCCUCCACAGAGAACGCUAUCUCUGCGCAGUUAGACAAAACCCCUCCCUCCCCCUCCUCAUCCACAAGUCAUCAAGAGAUGAGAGAAUCUGGUACAAAAUCUAGGUCACAACCUUCAGAGCCUUCUUCUCGCAGCCUCAGCAACACCACUCCUGCCACCUCCUCCUCCUCUUCUUCCUCCUCCUCCCUCAGGAAGGCACAGGAUCCGAACCUGAGGGCCCUGCAGGACACAAGUAGCCCCGACAGUUUUCGCCACCGCGCGUCCAGUGACAGUCUGACGAAGAACCGAACCAGCAACACAGCGGCUUUUCAGGACAGGAGAGGCAACCUCAGACCAGAUGUAGGCACUCCGGCCUUUCCAGACCUACGCGGUGCCCAGGCUGGGCCUAUAGCGGGACAAGAAGCGUCCAGGAGACGACCGCAAAAGCAGCAACAACACCAGCAACAGCAAUGUCAUCAGGAGCAGCAUCAGCAGCAGCUUCAGCAAAACCAGGUAGAGCGUGACGAGCAGGUGGCGAUGGAGGUGGAUAACUUGUGCAAUAAACUGGUGGAUGAUUUGAACUCGCCUCAAUCAGUAGACCCGCCCAGUGAUUUCCCCUCGGAAGUUCUGACCGCCAGGGCCUCGCAGGAUGUGAGGACGGACGUUGACGAGCAGGGCACAGUUUCCAUGGAAGUGGAGACCUCUUUAGAGGUCAAAGGUUCUGAGCACUCUUCCCCUGUUGUUCAGGAGAGAAGGAUCCUACGUUCGUCCAGUGAUAACGGACAAAACGUGGAAGAAACGAGGAUGGUCAGUGUGAAAGGAGGUGCGACGGGAGGGAGGGGAGGAGGGGAUAUGGAGGAGGAAGAGGUUCAGAAUGUUUUGAAUCAGGGACGAGAGAUUCUCAUGUCUCCUGACGUGUCCGAAGGUCAAGGAUUGUCGUCAUCAUCGACCGGGAGAAUGGGCAGUAACGAAGCGCCCACCGCCAGCAGAGGCCAUCAGCAAGGGGCAGCCGCAGCAGCUCAACUUAGCACGGGGGGUCAGACGGGGAAUCCGACACUGGACGAAGCUUCCUCCUCCUCCUCCUCUGCCUCUUCUUCUUCGUCUUCCUCCUCUAACGCUACAACUUUACCGCGGCCGGAUUCAGGUAUACCCGUGAGGAAGACCUCCUUUUCCAAGAUCCCUCGUCCGAAAACAGGAUCAGACGGAAGCUCCACUCGGACUAGCAACAGUGCCACCUCCAGUCCUAACGUCAGUGCUUCCCGCAGGCCCGAGUCCGCCUCUUACCCCUCCUCCUCCAUGUCAAGCUCUAUGUACGCAGACAUUUCACUCGGGUCUUCCUCCUCGCCUUCCUCUUUAAAGGCCAGAAGGGGUUCGGAAGCGACCUCCGGGCCCAUGUCAAAGCGUCAAGGUCACACAAGAAGGGCGUCGGACACUAAGGUCACCGACCUGCGUACAGUCUCUCCUACCUCCCGCUCACAUGGCAGCCCCCAGGGCAAGAGUGACUCCACUUCUACGAGGGGGGUGACCAGUCCGAGAGGUCGUAGUUCAGCUGGAUCAGACUCGCGACCUUCUGGCAGUUCCGCCUCUCCACAGUUGUCUUCGUCGUCUCGUUCCUCCAGAAUACCGAUGUCCCACAAAAUACCCAGCCCGCAGCAGUCUGAGAGACGGGUUGAUUCUUCCUCCUCCUCCUCUACCUCUUCCUCCUCACUCGGCACCCAAGGCUUGUCCAAACAAGGAAGCUCAAAGUCGCGUAGCCCCAUCCCAAAACCACGAAAAAGCAGCAGUAGUGGUAGCAGUGGGGCGGGCGGGGGUGGAGGUGCGAAAGAGGCUGGGGUCCCACCAUCGGAGGAAGUGAUCGAGAUUACGAGACAGUCGGUGAAACGUGAGAAUUUAACCAAGUCGGGAGGAGCUGCAAGUCGUGAUUUGCCAGGAAGGAAAGAUGUCGAUGGCGGGGGCAGGAAGACUGUUGUCAUUAAAGACAUGCCGGACAAGGGCGGAGCUAAGCUGGUCAUUGACACACAGCCAGAUCUGAAGAAGAGGAUCCAGACCGUCCAUGCUAAGAAAGUCUCUCAGCCACCAAGACAGCUAGCAGAGGCUUUGGAUUCGGAGGAUUCGGGUCAAGGUCAAGGUUGCGAGAGACCGUCGGAACCCGUGGUGGCCGCGAGUACAGCUAUAUGCAGAAGUCCAGCUGAGUCAAGCGUAGUGGCGACGCCAUCGCAUUCGGUGACUUUCUCGGAGGAAGUGACGCAACACUCCCCUCAGACAUCACCGACGACGGAGGGAGGAGGUCCCCCCAGUAAUGAGGAGAGGAAGAAGACUCCGCCCCCCGUGGCUAAACGGAAGUUUCACUACGACUCCAAGUCCCUCCCGCGCCGGUCCAAACAGCUGAACAACACGCAGGUGAGCCUGGUCCAGCAAAGGACAGCCGCCGAGCUCUACUCGGACAUGGUGGGAAGCCGCUCGUCCCUCGACGACUCUGUGCUGCAGCUCGCCGCGGAGAGACACGAUCACUUUGUUCCCCCCGGCGACAGCGAGGCGGCCAACUUCGCCUACUGCUCGGGCUCGCUGCGGGCCAAGAGGUCGCAGAAGAUGCAGAGUCUGGUGAAUUUGUUUGAGCGCGGGUCUGACUCCAAUGUCUCGGACAGCUCGGGCAGUCCCGGGACCAGACACCGGGACCGGACCUACUCUGGGUCCGUGCUGGGUAGUAACGGGCCCAUGCUGACCCCGUGUUUUGAAGGUCGAGCAGACUUGGACGUAGACGAUGAUCCGUUUUUGGCCUCAUCGUCUUCUCCGCCUCAGGUGUUGAGACACAGCGCGGGAGAGCUCCAACUGUCCCUGUCUCGGGAAAGGAUUCCGUCUUACACCUCGGCAAGGUCAUCGGAAAGUAGUGCCGUAGAUAAGGAGAAUGUGGAGAGGCUGGCGGAAGGCGGGCACAAACGCGCCAGGCAGGGGCGAGGAAGCUCGGGAGACAUGGGUGGUGCACGGCCGGUGUCUGGGGAGGUGGGGCCAUCUCACCAGGGGGCGUCACCAGGGAGGAAACCCUCGGCGACCGACCGGGCCAGCCGUCAGAGUGGUCAGCCCUCGUCCACUCCAGCCCCUGGCGGUCCUACUGACUCUGGGAUUCUGUCUUCCCCGGCUACGGCCACAAAGAGCUCAAGACCUCCUCGUUACCGUAGCAACUCCAAACCGCGGACACAGAGCGAGUCAUCCACGUCUGAGUCGGACACCACCCAUCAGAUAGAGCUGACUCACUCCCAGACGGCCAGCGCGACUCCAUCGUCUAGAGACUCCUUCCCCUCUGCUUACCCCGCUGUGGAUUCUGUCGUGCUGAGAGACUCGGGUCAGACACCGGUCAAGCGAGAGCGACGGCUCAACCACAACCGACACAGCUGUGACCUGCCAUCGGAAUCACACCGCAGGGACGGACUUCUGUCCUCCUCCACGUCAUCCGUCGUUCCUCUAUCACCGUCUAUGUCUUCGUCUUCAUCAUCGUCUUCGUCUGUUCUAGCUGUGACCUCAAACUCCCACACGCCCCCGGCGUCGCCCAGAAGAAAGUCGGAGAGAAGAAACAGCAUCAAGGAACUGAGACAAGUGUUCGAACGGUCAGAAUCAGACCCGGCCUCCUCCGAUGUCCCUCUCUCCCUCAGCCCGACCAGUGUGGCCGGCUUCCCAUCUACCUCCGCUCUCCCCCCGCCCCGCCCCCUGACCCGGUCCAUGUCCCCUCAGCCCGACCCCCCCUCAGGACAACGGGAACAGGUUAACCUGAUGCGUCUGAGCCUGGAACUUCCCCCCAGCGCGGCCAUCGGCUCCAUCGGCCCCACGCCUGCCACCGUCUCGGCCCCCGAUGCCAGGGUUCAGUCGGUGCGGCUUGGACCGAAACCAUUUUACGGCGCGCAAAAAUGAGCUGUCCACCCUCUUUUGUGUAUCUACUUACUAUAUAAUCAUAAAGAUGUAUGAUAAUGCUGUGCCGGUUGCGUGGACUCCAGCACAGGAUGAGAUUAAUAAGAAAGGCUGGUGAUGAUGAUGACCAUGAUGAUAAUAAUGACAUAAUUGAAUCAUGACAUCUUCUUAGCACAUUUGCAAUGUGUUGGGGAAAAUACUCAAUGUGCUUUUAAGGUGUAAAAAUGGGAGCUGAAUUUUUUUAAAACAAAAAUGAAUUCUCUUUCUCUGUGUCUCUUUGUCUCUCUCUUCCCCUCCCUCCUUCAAGUCCUUCCUUCCUCCCCCUUUCUUCCCUCCCUCCCUAUACUGGUAGAACUAUAGAAAUCUCAAGACUAAGAGGAGUUCUGAGCUUCAGUACAUAUGACAACCAGAACUGCAACAUCUUCCUUGCUUGGAGACAUUCUAGUCUCAAGUUGUUGGAAAGUCUGAAGAGGUGUUUUAAGUUUAAGGCUAGCCACUAUGUCCUGUACCAGAUGAAUGUCAAUCCUGGUAUCUAACCUUCUGAUUCUGUGACAAAACCUGGACACCAAAUUGUGUUUUAGCUGAAUUUAGAUAAUUUUUUUCUGGCACGAAGAUUCAAAUAUUAAUUUUUUUUAAACUGUGGCUCGGACCUUCCAAACUUGCUGUCUAGUUCACUUAUAUUUUCAUCUCCUCUCCUGAUAUUUCAUUUUCAUUUUCUUUUUAUCUCUUAUUUUGAUAUGAAGUCUAAAUCUGUCCCAAAUGGAUUGCAGUAAAAUAGAUGAAUAUAUAUAUGUCUUUGUCUUUUUUUAUGAUCAUUUCUCUUUUUGACCACCUCUUGUCGCCCCCACCAAGGAAAGUUGACGUGUAAGCCUCCAAGUAUGGUCCAGAAUUCUGUUGCCUCUGUCUGUGUAUGAGAGAUACAGUCAUUGAAUGGUGAUAUUCCACAACCGAUGUGACUUUUUAGAUUCUAGCCGACAGUCCCAACGUAUUAGCCUCUCGCUACUUACUCCUCUUUUCCCGUCUACAUGAAGUGACUUGCCCUCAUCGUAAGCUGGGCAUUCUAGAACUCUGGUCGUUUUGUGGAGUUUUCACGACUUUCAACCUAUUUUGCUCAGUUUUAUUAGAGACAAAAGUUAUUUUAGGAUAUCCCGCCUCUUAAAUAACCUAAUAGUGUUGUGAAACCCAUACACUUACUAUUUUUACUACCCACAUCGACCUUGAGAGAUAUGCUUUGUUGUUUGGGUUUUUUUUGAAAACCAGAUAAGAAUUUAAAUCAAAGCUGCAGCUCUCCUCCAAAGACUCAUCUCUGACGUGUAUGUUUCAUCGUUAUAUACACACACUCACACACAAGUCCCCCACCCCCCCACCCCACCCCUCCUGCUCUUCAGCUCUCUAUCACACUACUCUGAUCAAUGAUGUAUCUUUUCCAAAGUACUCCUCACAAUUCACGAUACAUUUACUUUCAUCCUCAUGAUUUGUACAGAGCUCACCAGUGAGGUGCUCAGACCCACUGAUAUGUCGAGAGUUUGAAACUGCUGAAGAAGUUGACUCCAUCGGUUGAGGGUUUUUUUAAUCGGGCUCAAAUGAAUGUGUUUUUAGCUUUUUAGGGAUUUAGGCUUUGGGGUUGAAUAGUGCUGCUAAUAGUAGAUAGAAAAUAGUUAUAGUUAUAUGGUUUUCUUGAACUGAAGAGGUUGUGCAACAUUUGAAGGGGUCAAGUGAAAAACAGAAAAUGUCCCUUUUUCAAAACUAAAAAAAUCAGGGUACUGGCCUUGAACUCUUUCUGCGCCACUUGCCCCACAUUGGGCCACCAGUCUGUUUAGUACAUGGUAAAGUGGUUAAAGCAAUUGGGCAUGGAAAGAGUUAAUUUACCACAGUACCUGUAGAGUAUUACCUUACAAUACCAGUCAAGUGAAAAACCUGUGAGGCAGCGUGGUGGAGUCAAUUUUUAGGCACAUGGAGUUAUUGGUAUCAUCUUAAAGCUUGUUCACUUGUCUUUAUUUGGUUAAAAAAAAAA